AGAACGCAGCGCCGGAUGCUGAUGAUCAUCUCUGCAUUACUGCUCAUUGAAGUGGGUCAGUGUGCUCAGGGUCGGUUCACACAGAAGUUCUUGAACGAUCUGAUGAAGAAUUACUCAAGCGCUCUUCGACCGGUGGACGACACAGACAAAACCCUCAACGUCACCCUGCAGGUCACACUGUCUCAGAUCAAAGACAUGGAUGAGAGGAAUCAGGUGUUAAUUGCGUAUCUGUGGAUCAGACAGACAUGGAAUGAUGCUUAUCUGAAAUGGAAUAAAGAGGAUUAUUGUGGUCUGGAGGUCAUACGCAUUCCCAGCAGCCUUGUGUGGAGACCAGACCUAGUGCUUUAUAACAAGGCAGUUGAGGAUUUCUCUGGACCCGUGGACACAAACGUUGUGUUGCGUUACACUGGAGAGAUCACGUGGGACGCUCCUGCCAUCACUAAGAGUUCAUGUGUGGUGGACGUCUCUUACUUUCCCUUUGACAGUCAGCAGUGCAACUUAACAUUCGGCUCAUGGACCUACAAUGGGAACCAGAGAUCUGUAGUUUUAUUACUAAUGUAUAUGGGCGUGGCGCAAGCAGCUGACCCCGCCCCUUUCUUCCACUCAGGUGGACAUCACCACGUGGAGUGGGAAUGUGGCGGAAUGCCGGCCACCAGGAACGUGAUCAUGUAUGGAUGCUGCUCGGAUCCGUAUCCCGACAUCACGUACACGCUCCUGCUGCAGAGGAGGAGGUCCUUCUACAUCUUUAACCUGCUGCUGCCCUGUUUCCUCAUCUCAUUCCUGGCACCGCUGGGGUUCUAUCUGCCCGCUGACUCGGGUGAGAAGGUGUCGCUGGGCGUGACUGUCCUCCUGGCGCUCACAGUCUUCCAGGUUAUGGUGGCGGAGAGUAUGCCUCUCAUCGGACCCCAAACCUCACUUCCAUACAGCGCGAUUGGUAAGUAUUACAUUGCGACGAUCUUCAUCAUGAACAUUCAUUUCUGUGGAGCGGAUACUAAACCUGUACCACAUUGGGCCAAAGUUCUCGUCAUUGACUACAUGUCCAAGAUCUUCUUUGUCUAUGAGGUCGGGGAAAGCUGUUAUUCACAGUGUGAGAGAACCGAUUCUAAUGCUCCGCCCCCCUGUUUCCCUGAUGAUGACAAGUCACCAGCUGUCAGUUUGACAUGUGACCGUUGCUGCUGUCGGGGCAGAAGUGGAAUUCUGAGCUGUGGCCCGAAACUGAUCCGGAAUGUUGAAUACAUCUCAAACUGCUUCCGGGAACAACGAGCGACCUCUCUGAAAGUGGCUGAAUGGAAGAAGGUUGCCAAGGUGAUGGAUCGAUUCUUCAUGUGGAUAUUCUUCAUCAUGGUCUUCCUCUUGAGCAUCCUCAUCAUUGGCAAAGCACCUGAAGUGCAGGAAUGAAUUUGAAGAGUCACUCAGAAUUAAAGAAUACAGCAGACAGAAACCUGGCGUGAGGAUGGUGAGGAAAGGUCUCAAACGUCUCUCUCUGCUGGGUCAGAAGAUUCAGUGUCUCAGAGUCAUUCUGACCGGAUUU